UUCUUGAACAGAUCUCAUGCCUUACGCCAGAACGACGUCGUAAUACUGCGAGCGGAAUUCCGGGCGACUGGAGAAAAUCUCAGCUCUAAACCCCAGAUCGCCGGCGAUUGGCUAUGGCGGAAGCUGAGAAGCAGCCGAGCAAACCCAAGCCUCGCCCAAUUAUUCGCAUCGGCCUAUUUCUCAUUGCCCACACUCUCUUUGUCAGUGUGCUUUGCUGCACGGCAGGAAUUUUAGCUCUUCUCCUCUUGCCUGUUCUCGCCAAGAACACCUAUAUUUCGGAAAAUGCCCUGAUGCCUGGAUCUGCAAGUCCUAUGCUCUCCAGUGAAGAUGCGUCUGGAGGGGUCCGAUUUCUUAACACAAUUUUGAAGCUGAGUUCGAAGAGUACCAGCACUGGCAUUGAAAUUUCGGAUGUGAUCGCAGAGCGCAUAAUGGAGUUGGGCGGUGAAGUUAGCUAUCACAAGUUUCAACCGCUAUCUAAUAAGCUCCACCCGCUGCACUUCUUCUUGGGUCCUGAAGCAGAAGUAAUGCAAGAAAAUUACACGUGUUCGUCUUAUGGGAUCAAUACUGUGGGAAUUAUAAGAGCUCCACGAGGCGACGGGAAAGAAGCAAUUGUAAUGGUUACCCCUUAUAACUCUCACAAGAUCAGUAAUGGGGAGGCUUUAUCGCUCGGAAUUGGAUACUCCGUCUUCUCUCUUCUUUCACGAGUUACUUGGCUCGCUAAAGAUAUCAUAUGGAUCGCCGCCGAUUCAAAACAUGGUGAAUAUGCUGCUGUUUCUGCCUGGCUGAGAGAUUAUUAUACCCUUUCGUUUAGUGACUUAAACCCGUAUCCUGAAAUAUGUGACCUAAGUAGUCUGCCUAGGCAUAAAAUGAUGCAAAAGGAAGAUGUAAUGUCGAAUGGCUUUCGACGAGCAGGCACAAUGGCAGCUGCACUGGUCAUUAAAGUUUCUGAUCGAAGCACAGAGUUUGAGAAGGAUGUUCUUAACAUUUAUGCCGAAGCAUCCAACGGGCAGAUGCCAAACUUAGAUCUUAUUAACAUUGUUAACUAUUUGGCUGUACACGGGCAAGGUUUACAAGUAAGGGUGGAGAAGAUUUGGUCGUUGCUUUAUGCAUCGUGGCUGCGAAGCCUUGGAGAGCUGUUUGAAUUCGUCGGGAAGGUGGCUAAAAGCUUAAAUCCUCAAUGGAAAUUCGGGAUCCCCGCUACAGAUUAUGUCGAAGGCUCGGCUACUCUUGCUAGCUCCAUGUAUAAUCAGGCAUUAGGUGUUCCCACUGGUUCGCACGGUGCUUUCCGUGAUUAUCAAGUUGAUUCAAUCACGAUGGAAAUCUCUCCGAAGCUUUCUUCAAGUCAGAGAGAUCUGUUCCUUUUACGUAUGGGAAGGAUGGUCGAAGGAGUUAUUAGAUCCGUUAAUAACCUGCUCGAAAAAUUUCACCAAUCCUUUUUUCUAUAUCUCAUGACAUCUUCGAACAAGUUUGUUUCAGUUGGAGUCUAUAUGAUCGCUUUCAUCUUGCUUGUCGCACCUCUUCCACUGGUUGCCGCCGCUCUUUUUUCCGAUGCGAGCGAAGUGAAAUCGGUGACCGAUGAUAAAACCCCGGCUAAACCUGUCCAAACUUUUACGUCGUGGAAUUGGCUCUUCGCUGCAAGAACGGUUUUUUUUGUCCAAUUAUGGGGCGCAGUCGUAACUCUACUUCCUUAUUUUAUCCUCCGGAUGUCGAACACCUCGCCGGAAAUUAACUUCUUGAUUUGGGUUGCUCUUUCCAUGCUAUGUCUAAUCUUCACAUAUGCAGCUUCAGGUUUCUUUUCGCUCCCGGGCGCGGGUCUACCAAAAAGAAUCGAAUGGCGCCUACUUAAAUCCGUUACGGUUGCUGCCGCCUUCACCGGGCUUUGUCUCACGUCGGUGAUUAAUUUUGCGACAGCGGAAAUCGGAGCGCUCCUACUCGUGCCUAUGUGCUUAACAACGGCACCGUUGAGCCUCGGUUCUAAAGCCGCCAAGAAUAUCUCAAGAGCUGUGAUUAACAUACUUUUGGUAUUCCUUGGAUUCCCUCCGACGGUAUUUUUCUUGACGAAAGGUACAUUGUAUGGCUUCGACGGUUUUCGAUUGGGCGAGUUCUGGAACUGGCUCGAGUCGCUUUGGGCAUGGAACAGCGCGACGUAUAUCUUCAUCUGUAUGGUUCAUCUCCCCUGCUGGGUAAUGUGCAUUCACAUUUUACUCCAUCGAUCUUAAUUUGCGUCGGGACGGACAUAGAUAUCGAAUCGGAUCGAAACAUUUAUCGUCGACGACGAGCUUUGCAAUGUCGGCAUUAGAAAGCUUCAGGUAUGUAGCAAUUUGUUAACUAACUACUAAUCUACAUUGUCUUCAUUAUGUGCUCUUUUGUUGGUGGCAAUUAUAGUCGGUAAUUUUUCGUGGUGUGUGCACUGAGUAAAUUUUCGGUGGUUACGGGCACCUUUUGCUUGGGUUCUUGAUGGAUCAUCAGGAUUUUAUUUUUAUUUUUUAAAAAAUAUCAUUUACAUUUUUUACAAACCCCAUAUUGGCCCAGGAUUUAAAUUUUAUUUUGUUUAUUUGUCCCCUUUUUA